GAGAGUGUGUUCAAAGCUCCAGUAGUGGCGAGAUGCUCGGUGUCGGAGAUGACAGAGCCCUCGUGUGCGCACACUGUUCGGGAUAUUUCAACAACAGGAUUAUUUAAGAAAUGACUGAACGGAGACCGGUUGUGGACGCCAACCAUCAUUCGAAUAAUCCUGUCAUUGGAAAGAGGAAUCCAAGUCAAGAUUACCUACUGAUGAGUACAGAUAUAGGGGAAGAGAGCCACGCCAAUUAUCAUGGAUAUUACUGUGGUCGGAGCAACAGUGACAGACAGUUGCUCUUACGGCAGACUCUGGCAAAGACCAGGCGGCAAGCAGUGCGAGGGCCAGCGUACAUGUUCAAUGCGCGCUCCAACAGCCUGUCUGUGACGGAGGAGCGCUUCCUGGAUGCUGCCGAGUACGGCAACAUCCCUGUGGUUCGCAAGAUGCUGGAGGAGCUCCCCGAGCUCAAUGUCAACUGCGUGGACUACAUGGGCCAGAAUGCACUGCAGCUGGCUGUAGCCAAUGAGCACCUGGAGGUGACUGAGCUCCUGCUGAAGAAGGACAACCUGGCCCGAAUUGGGGAUGCCCUGCUGCUGGCCAUCAGCAAAGGCUACAUCCGGAUCGUGGAGGCCAUCCUGGGCCACCGGGCCUUCGCCGACACCAGGAGGCUGACGGCCAGCCCCAGCCAGGCAGAGAUGCACGACGACUUCUUCGCGUACGACGAGGACGGUACACGGUUCUCGCACGACAUCACGCCCAUUAUCCUGGCCUCCCAUUGCCAUGAGUACGAGAUCGUGCACAUACUACUAGGGAAGGGCGCCCGGAUCGAGAGGCCGCACGACUAUUUCUGCAAGUGCAAUAACUGCAGCUACCACCAGAGGCAUGAUUCCUUUAGCCACUCGCGCUCGCGCAUCAAUGCUUACAAGGGGCUGGCCAGCCCAGCCUACCUCUCCCUCUCCAGCGAGGAUCCUGUGCUGACGGCUCUGGAGCUCAGCAAUGAGCUGGCGGUGCUUGCCAACAUUGAGAAAGAAUUCAAGAAUGACUAUAAGAAACUCUCUAUGCAAUGCAAAGACUUUGUGGUGGGACUUUUGGACUUGUGUCGGAACACGGAGGAAGUGGAGGCCAUUUUGAAUGGAGACGUUGACUCGAGUCAGAGCUGUGAGAUGCCAGGGCGACCAAGCCUUAUCCGGUUAAAACUUGCCAUAAAAUACGAGCUAAAAAAGUUUGUAGCCCAUCCCAACUGUCAGCAGCAGCUCCUCUCCAUCUGGUAUGAGAACCUGUCUGGCCUCCGGCAGCAGACCAUGGCCAUCAAGUUCCUGGUGGUGCUGGGCGUGGCCAUCGGGCUCCCCUUCCUGGCCAUGGUAUACUGGAUUGCACCUUGUAGCAAGUUGGGAAAGAUCAUGCGUGGCCCCUUCCUGAAAUUCGUGGCCCAUGCGGCCUCCUUCACCAUCUUCCUGGGCCUCCUUGUCAUGAAUGCUGCAGACCGCUUCGACGGCACGAAGCUGCUGCCUAACAUGACAACCCAUGACCACCCCAUGCAGCUGUUCCGCAUGAAGACUACCCCCUUCACCUGGAUGGAGAUGCUAAUCAUUUCCUGGGUCAUAGGGAUGAUCUGGGCAGAAUGCAAGGAGAUCUGGUCCCAGGGGCCUCGGGAAUAUCUGCUGGAACCUUGGAACUUGCUGGACUUUGGAAUGCUGGCUAUUUUUGUGGCAUCAUUCAUUGCAAGGUUCAUGGCCUUUUGGCAUGCGCACUUAGCACAGAGCUAUGUGGACAAGCACUAUACAGACCUGUCGAACAUAACCUUGCCCCUCGAGAUAGAGUACUACAGGCUGGCACGCAUCAAAUGGCUUCCGUCGGACCCACAGCUCAUUUCAGAGGGCCUGUACGCCAUUGCUGUGGUCCUAAGCUUCUCCCGGAUCGCGUACAUCCUGCCCGCCAAUGAGAGUUUCGGACCCCUGCAGAUCUCGCUGGGGAGGACAGUGAAAGACAUCUUCAAGUUCAUGGUGAUUUUUAUCAUGGUCUUCGUGGCCUUCAUGAUCGGAAUGUUCAACCUCUACUCGUACUACCUGGGAGCCAAGCAGAACGACGCCUUUACAACUGUUGAAGAAAGCUUCAAGACAUUAUUUUGGGCCAUAUUUGGACUCUCUGAAGUGAAGUCUGUUGUCAUUAACAAUGGGCACAAGUUCAUUGAAAACAUCGGCUACGUCCUGUAUGGAGUUUACAACGUCACGAUGGUGAUCGUCCUGCUUAACAUGCUAAUCGCCAUGAUAAACAGCUCUUUCCAGGAAAUCGAGGAUGAUGCUGAUGUGGAGUGGAAGUUCGCCAGGUCUAAGCUCUGGUUCUCCUACUUUGAGGAGGGGAGGACACUUCCUGUCCCCUUCAAUUUGGUCCCAAGCCCCAAGUCCAUCGUCUGCCUGGUUCUGCGCAUCAGGGACAUCCUGCUGCUUCUGCUGCACAGACAGGAACAGGGCGGGAAGGGCGACGCCGAGCUGAACGAGCUAGGUGAAAACAAGGAUACAGCUGACAGAAGCUCACCUUGUCCAAGCCGGUACCAGAAGAUAAUGAAGCGCCUCAUCAAACGCUACAUUCUCAAGGCCCAGAUUGAUAAGGAGAGCGAUGAAGUGAACGAAGGUGAGCUGAAGGAAAUCAAGCAGGACAUCUCCAGCUUGCGCUACGAGCUCCUGGAGGAGAAGUCCCACAGCAUGGAGGACCUGGCCGAACUUGUGAGGAGGCUAGGAGAGAAGCUGGCCACUGAACCCAAACACCAGUAACACCCCCCCCCCUCCUCCCCUCACAGGGGGAAGCUCAUCCCCACUGACCUGCAGAAACUGUCAGGCAUGGGAAUGUGCAACAAUGACUCCACGGUGAAGCACACUGCUGAAAUGCCUGGGGGAGGCAAUCCCAGUGUAUCACAUAGAAUCAGAAAGAAUUAACAUGCAGCAGGUUUGCUUGUGCCCUGUGCCCAAUACUGUACAUUGUAAAGUAACCCACUGCCUACAUUUGCUUUUACAUUGGUCAUUUCUCAGUGCCAAUCCUCUAACUGUGUUUUUUGCUACAUUUUAGUAGUCCAAGACAGAACUAUUAUCAUUUCCAUAAAAAAUGGAAUAAUCAAUGUCAUUAAAGCUGCCUACACAAAACUCACCAUCAGGUGUUAAGACAUGCUGUGAAGCCAGGAGACAACAGGUCAAACGUUGUCAGUGAGAUUAUUUCAAUCCAUAAAAGGCAACUCAAGCCAUAUUCUCUUAUUGCAGUUGCAUUAAAGUGCUCGGCCAGGUUUCUGCACAUUAGUGCCCAGUCUCUUUGCAUUCCUAAAGGGAGUUGUUUGAAGAACCAAAUAUUUUAUACUUAUAUGUUACUCUCGGGGAAUAAACUACAUUUCAUCAAAGACCAUUUCUUGUUUGAUGUAGUUCCUCAUUGCAUACUGCUUUCACCAAUUUUGCUUUUUUUUUU